AACCAUCGCUGCGGAUGACGGACCGUGAGGGAGCCAGAGCUUCCGCUCAGCAGGUGCCAUGAGGCAAAGCAAUGAGGAAACGUCGGCCCUACGCAGGCUCCAGCAUCGAUGGCGAGCGAUCCCUUCGUCACGAAAGAGGCAUCCCUCCACAUCGAAGGAUGUGGUGGACACACAGAGCGGCGACAGCGACGAAGACACGAGUCAACCGCCGAAUCCAUGUUCGGUUCUGAGCGCCGCGAAGACGGAUCCCUUUGCGAACUAUGCGAUCCCUCACUACGCGCAUGAAGCCAUGGAUCACGCGUUGAGUUUCACCUGGCCGCAGUGCCUUCCCACCGACCUCGAAAAGAUCGUGAUACCGUUCCGGGCCGCGUGGAUGCAGCUGGUCAUGGCGUCCCCUCUCGUCCUGCACACCUUCAUCUUCGCCACCACAAAGCAGCUGCUGUGCCUCCGGGGCCAGAAAGAGGACGACAUGUCGCAGCUGGCGGUGCGCGCGCCGUCCAUCCACCAAAGCGAGGCCCUGAACUGCGCCCGGACCGAGAUCGAGGCCCUGAACGGACCGCCUUCGGACGGGCUGAUUCUCGCGGUGAUCAUCCUCGCCGUCAACGGCACGCGCCGACCACAGAUUCCACCGCAACCCCACCCGUGUUCUCCCCUGGCGAAGACCCAGAGCCUGCACCUCUUCAGUCUGCUGAACGUCGUCGAAGCACACGUCAGGGCCGUGGCCCACCUCGUGUCGUUGAAGGGUGGCCUAGGCGCGGUGGACACGUAUGGUGUCCGCGACACGCUUCUGCUAUCCGACAUCUACUUCUCAUCCAUCCUGGGCACAAGGCCGGCGCAAAUCUGGCCCGCGCCGGUGACGAGUCUCGUCGAUGCCGGCCUUCACGUUCUCGACGCCGACGCCCAACGUCUGCUUUCCCAGCUCGGCGCAGGCUUCGACCCGUUCAAGCUGGACAAAGACCUCCGCAACAUUCUGCAGCUGAUGUGCGACCUGGUCGUCGCUCUCGACCACCACGUCCGCCGAGGCGACCACCCGCCGCAACUGUCUGACAUCGUCCUGCAACGCAACGCCGUCCAGAACAAGCUGCUCUGGCUGAAACCCUCCCCGACCGACGAUCGGGGCGGGGAGGACACGCUCGCCAGCAUGACCCGCCUCGCCGCCAACAUCUUCAGCGACAUGGUCCUGUUCCCGCUGAGUCCCGCCACGGGGAUCAAGCCGCGGCUGGCCGGCGAGCUGCGCCGGUGCCUGAGGGCGCGUCCGGUCCUGGACAUCGAGGAGUACGGGCCGCCGUCGGGGGUUUUCUCGUGGGUCCUGACCCUCGGCGGGAUCGCCGCGUCCUUCACCCGGCACCGCGGCUGGUACAUCGAGAAGCUGGCCGAGCACUACGGGGAAUCGCUCGGCGACGCGGACGCCAUGCUCGCGCGCAUGGCCCCGUUCCUGUGGUGGGCGGACGUGUGCGACCGGCCCGCCAAGCUGCUGUGGGCGCAGUCCCACGAGGUCUACAAGGAGGAGCAGAAGUUCCUCGCUGCAGCGUGAGCAGGGUUAGGAAAGGUGAACGUGGGUGGGGGAGAAAUGGGCCAUGCUGUUGUUGAAGACAUCAGGCCGGGGAUAUUGUCAUUGCCCUUCACAGCCUUCACAGCCUUCUCUCUCCUGGCUGUGUAUGGCGUGUAUGGCAGGUCAUAUUUCGACUUGGCUCUGGUUUGUACGGUUCCGUGCGCCAUACGCCUGCUGCGCCACACUAAUCAAGGCCCCCGUGGAAAAGACGGAAUGGCUCUCUAACGAUGGAUGGUUCCUUUAAAAGGGCAAGGGAUCUUAGACCGUGAUCCAAGUUCAAGCCUUUCGGGUUCAUUGGUGGUUGCCAUUACAGGGUCAAUUGACGAUCACAACCCCUGGAUGCUCCAUCUACAGGCUCAGAGUCGUCCAACUAUGUUCACCAGAGUCAUUCACAACAUUGGCCAGUGCCAGGGCCUGGGAAAGCGGAGCAGAGGUGCCAUGCCAUGAUCUUUGGGCGGACUUCGAGCUGAUCAUUGACAUCAAAUGGCCGAAUAGUUGACAGCCACCCAAAAGCCACGACAGCGGCGCUGACGUAUGCCAAGAGACCCGAUAUAGAUUCAGGGUCCAAGCGUAGCUAAUGCGCCUCACCCCGUCGAGAAGACACGCACUCACCUCAUCUCCAUGACAUCGGCAGUUGUGAUGGGGGGAGGUUUUCGGGCCGCAAAGGAGCAGAUCUGCCAAGGGGAAGCCCAUGAGUUGUUGUUGCCGUCCACAAGGCGUCACCCAAGUCGGCCCCAGUCCUUCGAUUGAGUUGCAAUGCAGAGACCCUGCAAAAUAUCCUCGCCAGUCCCGUUCGCUACUGGGGUCGGAGGGGGUCUAUCUCGCUCUCGACCACCACUGCGUGAGAUGUACGGAGUAUCCCUUUCGCACAAGGACGAACGUCCCCCCUUGUCAGACCUGGGGCCAAUCAGCGAGAUCUCGUACAUUCACAUAUUGGGAAUAGAAUGGCCACGUUCCAG